AGUGUUAUUUACUAAGGUCAUUUUUUGGCACAGAUUGCAACUUGAUAGGAUGUAAGUAAGGCAACAGUAUUUUGUUCCUGGUAAGCUGAAGACCGUCGUAACAAUGCAUUUGCGUCGAUUUAGCAGCUUCAAGAAACUGUUAUCGUUGAAGUUCCCACAGUCACUCCCAAUGCUUCAGCUAGCACAAAUAAAGGCGUAUCAUUGGACGGACAAGACAGAAAAUCAAACAACUUCAGAUGCUCCUAACAAAUUCACUGAAUUAGAUCCAGAAGGAUGGAAUGAAAGAUGGAAAAACAGGAAUAUUGCUUUUCACAAGGACCAUAUUAAUCCGAUGCUUGAAAAACAUGUGAAAAGACUGGCCAACAACAGAGAAAAUAUAAAGAUUUUUAUUCCUUUGUGCGGCAAAUCAUUGGAUAUCAAAUGGUUAGCAGAUCAAGGCCAUACAAUUGUUGGAGUUGAUUGUGCAGAAAUGGCCUUUAAAGAAUUCUUUGAGGAACAUUCUCUGGAACAUACAGUAGAACCAGUGGAGAACCUUUCAGGAAAAGUUUACACUACCAAGGACAAAAAGAUAAUGUUAUACUGUUGUGAUUUUUACAAGUUCAGUAGAGAGACAGCAGGACAAUUCAACGGCAUUUGGGAUCGUGGUUCUUUAGUAGCGAUUAAUCGACAAGACAGACAAAAAUAUUCCACAUUGAUGAAAUCCCUGAUGGCACCAGAUUGUCAAUACUUGUUAGAUACCUAUGAUUACAAUGAAAAUUUAUGGCCAGGACCACCACACUAUGUAUCUGUAGAACAGAUUCAGUCUUUAUAUGGAGAUACUUGUAAUAUAGAGGAUGUAGAUACUGUAGAUGCUAUGGCAGAGAGACACAAGGAAAGGGGAUUAGAUUACAUCAAUGAACGAUUACAUGUCAUUACUGUGAAGAAAUAAUGAUAUCAAGGACAUUAUUUACUCAGAUGAUUGCAUUUAAUAUCCAGACCAAUACAAAGAUACUUGAACUCACUAAUGUGAAACAACAACUAACAAGUUGUAGUGGAGAUUCAGUGUGUAUAUAUAACAACUUGUAGACACAGUUGAUAUCAAGUUUGCUUGAUGAAAAUAUUAAAAAAUGCAGUUAUUUAGAUUAUUUUGAAUUGCAAGGAUAAAGCUUUUUAUAACACUUGCAUUAUUCAGAAUAACAAAAUCUGCUUU